AUGGCGCAGGAGUUGAGGUAAUUAUAUGUUUGUUUUAUUUGCUCCUAACUAAAUGUAACUUAUUUUGCAGUUUUAACCGCCGUGCAAAACACUUGUCUUCGAAAUAUAUUUGUGGUGUUGUUGAGGGAUUUUAUGGGCGACCUUGGACAUUGGAUCAGCGGAAACAUUUAUAUGGAAAAAUCAAUCGAUUGGGUCUUAACACCUAUUUGUAUGCUCCCAAGGAUGAUAUCAAACAUCGACAAGCUUGGAGAGAACCGUAUACCGAGGAAGAAAGUGGUAAGUUUUUAGUUUUUUUAAAUCAUAACUUGAAAAAUGAGGCUUUGAAAUUCAAAUGAUAAAGUUAAAUUUCGUUCAACCAAAAACUCGCUCCCGAAUUUUUCAUUUUUUUCAAAUUUAAUUUCCAAAUACUCUUGAAUGUUUUAUAGAGAAUAUGAAUGAUCAAAUUGCUUUAUUUCUGUAAAAUUAUGAUUUUCGAUCAUUCAAAUUUUAUCACUAUUUUGAACUGAUUUUUUUGCAAAUUCUUAUUGAACGUUAUCAAUUUCAGAGCUCAACUCAAUUCAAAAUAUAUUUCUGAUUCAAGAAAAAAAUUAACUUCCCCAUUCUCACAUAUAAUUCAAAAUAGAGCUAAUUUUGAAUUGAGGUAAUCAGAAAUUGCAACAAUUUUUUUCAAAAAAGUUGGAUUUUUUCCUUUUUUCUUGAAAAUAUAAAAUUUCGAAGACGUCUAAAUAUAAAAUUCCGAUGGAGAAAAUCAGGCUGAAAUCUCAAAGCUUUUUUAUUUCAGUAAUUCUUCGAAACCUGAUCGAAUCUGCCAAAAACAACCAUGUAAAUUUUGUAUACGCGCUCUCCCCUGGUUUGGAUAUCACUUAUAGUUGCCCUCAAGAAUUAGCAACUCUUCGAAAAAAGAUGGAACAAGUUGUUUCGAUCGGUUGUGAUUCUUUCGCUCUCCUUUUUGAUGAUAUUGAAGUUGUGAUGCAUGAAAAAGAUCAACAAGUUUUCAAAACAUUUGCUGAUGCUCAAGUCUAUGUAACAAACACAAUUUUUGAUAACAUCAAGACAAAAAACUUCUUUUUCUGUCCAACCGAAUAUUGUGAAACUCGAGCAAACCCGAAUUUGGAACAAUCGCAAUAUUUGAACACUAUUGGAAUGAACCUUCGACAGCCAAUACAUAUUCUAUGGACUGGCCCACAAGUUAUUUCACGAUAUUUUACUGUGGAACAUUUGAAACGAGUUCAAAGUGUUUUUCGGCGAAAACCAUUAAUUUGGGAUAAUUUGCAUGCGAAUGAUUAUGAUCAAAAACGGGUAUUUUUGGGUCCUUAUAAAGGACGAUCGGUUAUUAUAAAACAAUUCACUUCUGGUCUAUUACUUAACCCUAAUUGUAAAUAUGAAGCUAAUUUCAUUCCAUUUUAUACGGUUUCCGAUUGGAAUGCAUCAGACAAAGAUGCUACUUAUCGUAAGUUUUUUUUCGAAAUUUUUUAUUAUUGAAAUAAUGUGUAGACCCUGUAAAAUGCACCUUUUUUUGCUUGAAAAUUAGUUUUUUUAUCUAUCAAGAACUGACCUUUGAACGUAUGUUGUUUGAUAACAUUUUUUUGUAGGGAGAAGUGAUUCUUCAAAAUUUAUCAGAAAUUGGAAAACUUAACAGAAAAUGUUGCGUUUUUUGGAUUCCUAUUCAAUAAAUAACUGGAAACUGAACAAAUAUGGUCAGGAUCAAAACGACAAAAACAUAACAAAAUUUCCAAGCCUUUAUAAUAUUGAAAAUUAACUUUUUUUAAUGAAAUAAUUCUAUUCAUCCAAAACAAAUCUUAAUUUUCAGCUGUCACAACUGAAAACGAUGUACAAUUGCCCAACCCAACUGUUCAUAAUACGCCAUUUAUGAAUAUUGACUGUAACACUGAAACCGAGUACAACUACGAAUUAUCGGGAAAAAACGCCAUAUCAAUAUGGAUCCAUGACUUUUGCGCCCCAAGUGGCCCCAACAUUCCACAGUAAGAUAUUUUCUAGAAGUAUCUACCUUUUGUGGUGAAAAAAUUUUGAGAAAAAACGGCCCGAUUAUUUUGAAAAAAAAAAUCGGCCCGAUUAUUUUGAAAAAAAAUCGGUCCGAUUAUUUUGAAAAAAAAUCGGUCCGAUUAUUUUUGUUACUGGUGAAAAAAUUCUGAAAAAAAUCGGUCCGAUUAUUUUGAAAAAAAAUCGGUCCGAUUAUUUUGAAAAAAAUCGGUCCGAUUAUUUUGAAAAAAAAUCGGCCCGAUUAUUUUGAAAAAAAUCGGUCCGAUUAUUUUUGUUACUGGUGAAAAAAUUCUGAAAAAAAUCGGUCCGAUUAUUUCUGUUACUGAUGAAAAAAAUCGUGUUACUGGUGAAAAAAUUUUGAAAAAAAUCGGCCCGAUUAUUUUGAAAAACCACUUGACCGUUUCUGACACAAGAAAUUACCAUCAAUUUGCUUACAUUUAGAAAUGCUCGAUAAAAAAAAUUUUGACGUGAGAAAAAUCGUCUACCUUUUUCAGAAAUUUUAUUCUCUGGAAGCUUUACAUUUUAGGCUUAAAAUGAUUGCAAUUCAUUUGUUGUGCAUUUAUUGAGUACUGUCUAACAAAAAUUAUUUUUUUUGAUCAACUUUUUUUGGGUGAAAAUUUGUAAAUCUGGAAGCUUUUCCGGUUUCCACAGAAUUUCCCACAGAAAAUUGACAAUAAUCACAGAAAAAGUGAAACUAAAAUAAAUGAGAAGACUGUUACGCCUGGGGGCUAACAGUCCCUAGUCUGGUUCUCUAAAAUAUCAAAAUUUCAAUUUAUGUUUUUCAGAACCCCUCGCUUAGAUUUGAACACUACUGUACCUGAUUUUGUUUUAGAACGUCAAAAUAGUGAGUUUGUUUGAAUAUUUAAAACAUUUCAAAAUAUAAUUUUUCAGUUGACACACCUUCUGAACCACCCUUGGCUUUUAAAGAAAAUGUGUUAAGUGCUGAAUCAAGAGGUUCAGAAAUCAAUUCACUCACUGCAGAUUAUGCACAACCUAUGGAGGUUAGUUAUUUAACUCUACAAAUUGGUUUAUUGUAUUCGAAUUGUUUUCAGGAAGAUGAACCACCAAACGAUGAACAUUCAACUGAACUCGAAAUGGAAUCGGUGAAUGAAUGCCAAUCAACAUCUAUUGAAUCAAAGUGAGUUUUAUCCAAAUUUUUAUUAGGACAACUUUAAAAAAAUAAUAGUUUAGAGCUCCGGAUUUUGAAACCGUCGCAUCAUUUGUCGAUUUGUAUUAUCUGCCAUUUGAAGGUGGACCAGGUUUAAAAAAAUUAUUUGAUGAUUAUGCGUAUUUACUGGAAAAUGUGUCGGUGAUGAACAAGAAACAUCAAGAAAUUGAGUGAGUUAUAUAUUUUUGUUUUUUACGCGAGCGAUAUAAGUGCUCAAAAUCCCGUUUAAAAUCAAUAUAUUUAUCAUCUAAAUCUUGAAUUUCAGAUCUCUUGAUCCACUACAAACCGAAUGGAUAAUUCGAUACGAUCAAAUUGUCGAUUACCUUUCAAAAGUCAUUGAUGUUUUUCAUCACAUCUCCGAAUCAUCUAACAAAGCUUUAGUCACAGAAUUGAUACCCUACGCUUGGGAAGCUCAUGGUGCGAGUGUUGUUUUAUUAGCCGUCGCUAGAUGGAUGCUUCUAGGCCAAAUAGAUGAAAUAAAUUGUCAAAUUGAAAAAUUCUGGACUUAUGAAACUGAAGAUGAACCUUGGAAUUGGCAAGGUGGAUUUAUUAAUGAAUGUAUAUGCCUACUCAGCCGAACAGACAAUGUUGCUAAACUUUUUUAUUCAAAAAUUGUGCUACCUCUAUCAAUUUAUACCUAUGAAAUCCGACCAUUCACAUUUCGAGACGAAGAAUUUAUUAGCGAGUUAUCACUUCUAACAACAACCAAAGAUGAAGAUAUCCUUCGAUUACGAGCUCGUGUUUUUUCUGACAAAAUUUUCAAGCCUUUUCUAAUGGCUGGCGCAAAAUUCAACUUUGUUGCUGAAGAAAUCGCUGGAAAGAACAGAAAACCAAUGUGUUUUGCAUCAGCACAUUCAAAUGGAUUAGCGGUUCGCGAUUUUCUAAUACAUUAUAAAGAACAUUUACGAAAUCAGUAUAGCCAGGAUGUUAUUGUUGAGAAUUUUGAUGUGAGUUUUAGAUUUUUUUUAGAAAAAUUGGCUUGGUUUAGUGUUGUAAAUUUGAGAAGAAAAGAAAAAUCUAAAUUCAAUCACGACCCAGAAAAUAAACACUGCUGGCCAAUUUUUUCUCUGAUGAGAUUUUGAAAAACUUUUUGAGGAUCUGGAAAAAAAUCGAAAAAAAACAGAAUCUACGUGCCCUAUAAACAAUUCAAAUCUUUCAAUUUCGUAAAUUUUCCAGAUGUCCGAAAUAAUUCGUGAAGUCGACAAAUGGUUUCCAAGUGUACCAAGCGAUGUGUUUGCUAAUUAUCCAGCAUGGGUUUCGCCACAUUUCGCGUAUGAUGCAUAUGACGCAGUACCAAUGAAAAAGAUUCUGUUGACAAUUGCAGUCACUUUGAGUAUGAAUGGUAAGAUUUUUUUUAACUUAUGGAAAGAUUCGUGAAAAAUUUGAAGAUCUGUUACUUGACUCCUAGGAUGAUAUGGUUUAUAAUUGUAAAUAUUUUAUACAAUUUUCUAACCACUUGCCAAAACAUUAUUUAAAAACGCCUUCAAAAAUUUCAGGUUGUCAAGGAAUGUUUGUAACAGUUCCAAUCGAUGAACACGAGCGUCAACAAUAUUUUCUUCGCUUAGGAUUCAACAAUCUUGGUCAUUCCGAAUGUAAUAAUUAUAUUCUGCUCGGCCACGAGCUUGGCAAUUUUGCAGGUAGAACUGAAUAG